AUGCGGGCUUCGCGCGCACGCAGCGCGGCAGGAGAGGCUGCCCCGCGCACCGAAGAAAUCGGCACCCAGCCAAUCAAACCAAGCGCGAGCCCCACAAGUCAUCGCCCGCUCAGGAUCUACCGGCCGGUCAAAAUGCAGAGCUCAAUUCCCAGCGAAGAUCGAAUGACCAGGAAUGAGAAAAAGACCGCGUUGACCAGGAUCGGACGGCCAUCGAAGGAAGCGAUCGGGGGAGCAUUCUGGGAGCGAGUUGCCCAGCCUCAUUAUUGGCGGGCACCUCUUGCAGACAACAUUGGCAAACGGUACUCCAUGCUUGACUAUGCGUUCAACAAGGGUCAUCGUGCCCGUUUCAUAGAGAACAGAGUGAUGCUCCCGCCACUGCGCAUGAGGGGUCAUGCGAAUGCCGUGAAAAUGGAGUACGACGAGCGCUACGCGUCGUACUUCAGGAGAGCCCGGUUGCUUGGUUUCGUCCUGCAGUUCAAGCGUCAGCAGCCGACGCUCGUCCACGCAGCUCUCACGACUUUGAUUGACCGGUGGCGACCCGAGACGCAUAGUUUCCAUCUCCCAUGCGGGGAGAUGACAGUGACCCUCGAGGAUUGUGGGAUGAUUAUGACCCUACCGAUCGAGGGUCAUGCACUCACCGGGCGAGUGGAGAGGACCAACUGGCAGCAGAGGGUUACCACCCUCAUCGGCGACUGCCCCGACGCUAAGGGUAACCGGACAUCCGGUGUAUCGCUGCCCUGGCUCCUAAACAACCGGAAGAAAUGCCUGGUGAAUGAUGAGGAGGCCGACUGGGAUGCAGGGUACAGUUGGCGGACCGCCUCUCUCGCCUACCUAUACCGCCGCUCGCUUGACGAGGCAACCAAGAGGACGGAAGAUACUUCUGGUAUGGGUGGAUAUGUGUGGGCCCUCUCCAUUUGGAUGUGGGAGCGACUGCCGGUGGGGGCGUCUAGAGAAGUUAAGAAGAGGUCCGUGGGAUGCGUAAACUGGUGGCCGUAUCAUGACCAAGAGUGGGGGUUCGAGCUGAACGUGAUGUGCGAGGAGGACAACGGUCUUUGGCGAUGCAUGGUGCCCAUGCUAUGUGUGUGCGCCGUCGAGUGGCACUUGCCACACCGCGUGGCCGCGCAGUUUGGGAUCUACCAGCAUACACCAUCGGGCAUGCCGAACGAUACCGGCGGCCACGAACUCCACUUGUGGCGUAAAGAUGUGGAGAGGCGAGUGCUUGACUGGGGUGAUAACGCCCACCACAUGAGGUGGUACGACGAUGGCCAAAAGCACCGUCUUCGUCUCAGGCCUCGGUGGAUGACAGAAGAUAUCGCGCAGCUGGAGGAGGAUGCCCCCGAGGAAGAGGCCUACCAGUCCGGCGGGCUGAACAGAUGCAUCUUUGAUGGCUCAGAUGCACUAGGUCAUGCCCCCGGGAACGGAGAUUCUGAGAACAACAUGAGGGAGACGAUGAGGAAGUUCGUGAAGCGUUGCCACAAGCUGGUAGCCCUGCUUGGGUGCGCUGGCUCGGUUGAGCUCAUGAUCCUGGUCAAAACCCGAAAUUCAGCCUCUUACCGGUUCCGACGCCCUACCCCCUCUCGUAGCCCUCGUAUAGCCCACUCUCUCCAGAUCUCGCUCGUCUCCCCUGGUCCCGCCUCGCCGUCGGUAACGAUGAACCGCCACCGCCGUGGCAUCUUCGACGGCCUCCCGAUUCCGGCCGACAAAUCUUACCUGAAGGAAGGGCUGUCGCGGAUCGACGAGGGAUGGGCCGCGGCGCGGUUCGACUCGCUGCCGCACGUCGUGCACAUCCUCACCUCGAAGGACCGCGAUGGCGAGAUCCAGUUCCUCAAGGAGCAGAGCGACCUCAUCGAGGACGUCGUUGACGAGGUCGUCCACGCGUACCACCAUGGUUUCAACAAGGCCAUCCAGAACUACUCCCAGAUCCUGCGGCUGUUCAGCGAGUCCGCCGAGAGCAUCACCGGCCUCAAGGGGGAGAUGUCAGAGGCCAAAAAGCUGCUUGGGAGGAAGAAUCAGCACCUUGGGCAGCUAUGGUACAGGUCCCUCACGCUGCGCCACGUGAUCUCCCUGCUGGAUCAGGUUGAGGAUGUUGCCAAGGUUCCUGCUCGGAUUGAAAACUUGAUGGCAGAGAAGCAGCUAUACGCCGCAGUGCAGUUGCAUGUUCAGUCAAUGCUGAUGCUAGAGCGGGAAGGCCUUCAAGCGGUAGGUGCUCUUCAAGAUGUUCGAUCUGAUCUAACAAAGCUGCGUGGUGCACUGUUCUACAAAAUUUUGGAAGAGCUGCAUUGCCACCUAUACAACAAUGGUGAAUAUAGCUUGGUGACUUUAAGCAUGGUUGACAGUGAGGACAUACCAACUUCUGGAGCCACUGGUCGCUUAGUAAACAGCAUGCAGCCUCUGUCCAGGAGAACAAUGUCUAUUAAAGGUGAAAAUCACUUUAGUGGACCAGCUACUGCAGAUGGGAUAACAAAAACUAGUUCUGUUGGAUGUUCUUCAUUUGAUGGCCCAGAUGAUGAUAGUAGCUUAGGUGGUGGGUGUGGUCGGAAGGAUUCCAAAAGUUUCUCUUGUGAAAUUCCGAUUUUCCUUUCUUGCGCUACACCAGACGAGUUCCUUGAAUCAAUGAGAAAGGCAGAUGCUCCCCUCAAUGUGAAAUACUUAAGAACAUUGGUGCAAUGCUUAUCCAUGCUUCAAAAGGUUGCAGCUGCUGGAGCUGUGAUAUGCCAAAGAGUUCGCCCGACAAUUCAUGAUGUUAUCACUUCAAAGAUUAAAUCAUAUGCUAGAGAGGCUUCAAAGUCCAAUAUAGAUAAAGUUGCAAAAAGAACGGCAUCGGAUGUGUCACAUUCACAUGGAGCUGUCACCCGUUACCAACUACCUAAACAGAAAAAGAAGAAUGAGGCAUCGACAUUGGCAACACAACUUGUUGCUAGUCCCAUCUCUCCAGUUAUGGCACCCACAGGAGAUGCUCAGCAUGCAGCUAGUCAGCUUCUUGGUUCAAUAUUUGAGUGUCUAGUAGGCAUACUUGAGAACCAUAUUACUGUUGGAGAGCUUCUUGAACAAAAAUCAUCAACUGACGUUGACAGUGUAAACACACCUCAUGUGGCAAAUGGGGACACAAGCUGGAAUCCAGAUUCUGAAUACUCCCAACCUACUGGUGGUUUUAGUGUUGCAUUCUCUCUGUCAGUUGUUCAGAGCGAGUGCCAGCAACUUCUGUGUGAAAUUUUGCGGGCAACUCCAGAAGCUGCUACUGCAGAUGCAGCUGUUCAGACAGCUAGGCUUGCAAAUAAGGACCCAGUGAAGGAAAAGAGGGAUGGAUCAGAAGGCCUUUCUUUUGCUUUUCGCGUUACAGAUGCAGCAAUCUCUGUGCAAAAUGAAGGUCAAGGAUGGAGAAGAAACCCAGCUGUACCCCAAGAAGGGUAUGGAACAGCAAGCAUCAUACCUGAUCAAGGGAUUUUCCUAGCUGCAUCAGUUUACCGUCCUGUCUUUGAGUUUAUGAAUAAAAUAGGAUUGAUGCUUCCUCGAAAGUAUUCACAACUUGGGAAUGAUGGCUUAUUGGCUUUUGUGAACAACUUCUUGAAGGAGCACUUCUUGCCAGCAAUAUUUGUAGACUAUAGAAAAUGUGUUCAGCAGGCUAUAUCUAGUCCAGCAGCAUUUAGACCACGUGUAAAUGCAACCUCAGUAUAUAGCUCACUAGUGGAGAAUGGCCGCCCUGUACUACAAGGGCUUCUGGCUGUUGAUAUAAUUGCCAAAGAGGUUCUUGGUUGGGUUCAAUUGAUGCCGAUCUAUGCUGCUGAGCUUGUUGAGUAUGUUCGCACCUUUCUGGAACGUACACACGAAAGAUGCCGGGCAUCAUAUAUGGAGGCUGUUCUUGAGAAACAAAGUUAUAUUCUCCUCUCACGGAGUGAUGUUGAAAGUUUAAUGCGCCUGGACCCUGCAAAUGCUUCUUUGCAAAAGUCUUUCGGUCAACUUGAUAACGACAUUCCAGAUGCAGGAAUUGAAGUGGAGAUUGAACUAAGUGACCUCCUAUUGGAUAUGUGCCCGAUAAAACAGGAAAACUUGAUCCAUGAUGACCAGAAAUUGAUAUUGCUGGCAUCUCUUAGCGACUCCUUAGAAUAUUUAGCAGAUUCAGUUGAAAGGCUUGGUGAGUCAUUUAUAAGUCCAUCCACCAUCUCAGAAAACAAAAGUGACAUACACCAAAGUCACCGUACUCGCACAACUAGUGCAAUUCCGAAAAGCCUUGCGUCUCUUGCUAAUGAGUACAGAAGGCUAGCAACCGAUUGUGUUAGAGUCUUGAGAUUGGAAAUGCAGUUGGAGACAAUAUAUCACAUGCAGGAAAUGACAAAAAGAGAAUAUGUAGAAGAUCAAGACGCUGAAGAUCCUGAUGACUUCAUCAUCUCUCUUACAACUCAGAUUGCACGUAGGGAUGAAGAAAUGGCUCCUUACAUCGCAGAAUCGAAAAGGAACUAUGUAUUUGGUGGGAUUUCUAGUGUUGCUGCUAAUGCAUCAAUAAAGGCACUCGCACUAAUGAAGUCCAUCAACCUGUUGGGAGUUCAACAAAUAUGCAGAAACUCGAUAGCACUAGAACAGGCACUUGCAGCCAUACCUUCCAUUGAUAGUGAGGCAGUCCAACAGAGAUUAGAUCGUGUUCGGACAUUCUAUGAGCUACUAAACCUGCCUUUCGAGUCUUUGCUUGGGUUCAUUGCUGAACAGGAAUAUUUUUUUUCUGCAAAAGAAUACUUGAGCAUACUAAAGGUCAAUGUACCUGGUAGAGAGAUACCAAUGGAUGCUGAACGACGUAUCUCACAGAUUUUGAGUCAUUAAAUUGAAUUGGGCAAGAUGAUUUUAGCUGUAAGUGGUGGCAGAUGUCUCACUGUAUCUUUCUCGGCUUUCUCUGUAGCUGUAGUUAAUUUUGUUAUUUCUGUUUGGUUUUUUUCUUUUGAUGUCUACAGUGUAGGUAAUGUGUUAUUUGUUGUCUCAUUCACUGUAAAUUUGUAGUGCUUUGACUGGAACGCUCAUUCUUGAUUGUUGUAAAUGUGUAAUCUUUUGGACGUAAUUUUAAUAAAAUUCUCAGAUUCAUGUGUUCCGUUA